AAAGUUUAUUGCGAUGGCGGAGGGUAGUGGCAACAAAGACAAGCCGUCACAACCGUAUUCGCGAUUUCUUUCCCAGCCAAGAAUGUCAUCUUCAUCCGAAGAUGAAAAUAGCCCUGCUCGAGAACCUGCCGAACCUGACCUUGGGAUUUUUGGUCAACCCCUCAAAUCUGACAAGGAGAAGCCCGGUGCCAGUAGCUCGGCAGAACCAAAAUUACCACGCAAGAAGGAAAACCCGUUCAGCUUCAAAUAUUUUUUGAAGAAUGACUCGCACAUUAAUCACCAACAUACAGGAGCUAGACCAAAAAUAUAUCCGUUGCCAACGGCGAAUGCAGAAGUCAUUCACUCUCCCAAUGAAGCAUCUGUGUACCCUAGAAACCCAGUCGAGUUACCGGACUUUGUUCAGGAUCACUUGGUCAUCGAACAGUGCUACCUUAAUCAUAAUGCCGGUCCUCAACCGAUUGUGGAGAUGGAAAAUUUACCAGACUUUGCAUUAAACAGCAUGGAACAGAGAAACAAACAGUGGAGUGAUCCAAAAAAAAGCCAUGCGGAGACUCUCAGUGAUUUAUCUCUCGAUCUCACAGGAAGCUUAGAGAGAAGCGAAAGGAGUGACAGGGAUGAAAGAGUGGAAAGGACGCAACAUGAGUCAUCCUCAUUGAAUGCUUCUCGACGUAGAGCACUGAACUUACCUAAUCUCGAGAGUCGCAUCGGGGAUCCACAUAGUUGGUCCCGACCUGUUGGAUUUCCGUUUGACCUACAAUUACCUCCUGCGGAGGAUAACAACAGCAAUACCGGUGGAUCUGUAAGGAGCGGUUCUCAAACUGGAGAAGCCGAUGUCACCAAGUCGUUACCAGAUUUCUUGAGCGACGGCCCGAUUCAUAACAGAACUGGCUUACCUAAUGAAAGUUGUCACAGCCUGGGAUCUCCGGAACAGGUCAAUCAGAGGAUCAUCUUAGAAAAUGAACGACUUCGAAGAGAGCAAGAAAUCAUGCAGAGGCAAUUAAGCGAGCAAUCCAGAAGAAUACAAUUGUUGGAGUCCGAAUUAAUCUCGAGGCAAUCCGUCGACCACGAAGAAUUAACGAAUCUUGAAAAAACAAUCGAACAAGUGGAAGAUAAUCUCAAGCGCAGCACUAGGAGAGCAGUUAACGCAGAGGGGGCUGUCACUUCGCUGAAACAGGAUAUCAAAAUACUGAAAACAGAAAUUAGGGCGUUACGGUUGGAGAACGAGGAACUCCAGCUUAAGAUGGAAACUGGAUACGGUGGCAGUGAAAAUCCCAAUCGGGGUAUGAGGAAAAUUGCCAAUGACCUGAAGACUGCAGCAUCAACGGCUGAAUUGUCCCUCAGGCAGCUCAUGUCCGGGGUGGAUGAUUUGAGGCUAUUAGCCGCAACGAUUGAGAAUAUGGACAGGAUAAACGAUUCGUCGAGUGAUAUAUUACCAAAUAUGGAUGACGACAAUGCGACAGGUUCUGCAUUGUAACCGCGCCGCCGUUUCACUCAUCGCAUGAUAAUGGAUUUCCAAUCUCACGUUCUUGGCAACUGAUAAUCGUCUACGUAGCUUGAAUUAAUUAAGCUUCUGCUUUUUUAUACCCACGUCCUGAUCAAUAACUAUUAUAUUUUUUCUAGGUGUACAUUACUUUUUUUUUGAGAAGUAUAAAAAUAGUAUUCGAACCCCACGCUGUUCAAACGGUGUAGGAUACGGCGGGGUCAAACCACGACUAGAAAUACUCGAGCUGUGUAGAAACUCAUUUCUCUGUCUCCCAUGUCAAUGGCGCGUUAAAAUUUCAAUAACAUGUAAAUAACUGUAAUAAAGAACACAGAUUGUAGAAUUAAAUCUGUUCUUAAAA